AUGAAUCCUGUACGAGAUAUUCUUGAUUACAGCUCUAGCCAGCCCAACCACAAAAAUAAAAACUCUCUUUCAGCAGAAGAGUUGAAAUUUAUGAAAAUGCAGGCCGUGCAUAGUCCCUCGGAAAUCAUGGCAGCUUGCCAGGCAAAGCUCGAUCUCGGAUUAGAGUAUUUCUACGCUAUUCAACAACAAUUAUUGUCUGCUCAACGAGCAUGGUCCGCCGUCAUUACUGAGAAGAAGCGCUAUGACGCCAUCGGCUGGCAGACAGGAUCUGUUGAUUUUGCAAGAGCCCUUCAUACAUGCUUGUAUACGAUCCCUGAUACAGCAAGGUGUGGUGAGCUUGGUGUAGAACCCGCCGUCAAGGGACAAGCCGACCUAUCUUCUGAUAGUGGGAGCAUACCUGUCGUGUAUGACGCCGUUAAUGACCUUCCUGACUACGAGCACUCUAUCUAUGAAAGUAUCGAGUUCGAAGAUUGGGUCGAUCUGGCCAACCUUGACCCAGCUGAGGAGUCUGAACAAAAUGGCCUUGGAAACCAUCAGGGGGAAGAGAUCACUGAAAAGCAAAACGAAAAUGUUGAGGAGCAAACUUAUGAACUGGCCAAUAGAGACCAGUAUCAGGCAUGGAAUGAGGUGCCGCUUUUUGAUCCAUGGACACCAUUUCUUAACAAUCAGCAACCUCCACACAAUGCUGCACCAGGGUCGCAUAAGAGAGAUAGAGGCCUUGAGCAUCAGGAAGUUAUAGGAGCAUGCAAAGAACAGAACAGAAAGAGAAGGCGUAUCGAAUAA